AUGGGUUAUGAAGCAGAUAGUAUAGAAUCACCUGAAGAAAGCCUUCCAAUUUAUUUUCUUCGCAAAACUUAUGAUGAUAUAAGUUGGAAUGGUUUCGUAGAAAGUGUACAAAUGUUCAUUAAUGCGGUUGAUUGGUCGCAACCUUGGCUAUGGAUGUUAUUAGGUUUUCACAUUAUAUCAUUAUUCAUUGUAAUUAAAUUACGAAAUAAUACAACUUCUUUAGCGGUAAUAACAUUUGGUUUAAAUAUUCUUAAAGUGUUAUUGGUCGGUUUAGCUAAACCAAUAAAUACUUUAGCACAAGAUAAUUGGCAAAAAUUUUCCAGAGAUAAUUAUUUUGAUCAAAGUGGUUUCUUUAUUUCAAUGGUAUUCUCUUUUCCUAUAUUAUGUAAUUCUGUGUUUGGUAUAGUAUUGAUAUUAAAUGAAGUGCUACAUUUAUUGAAAAAAGUUAAAAUUGCUCAGAUUAAACAUCAAAGAGCUAGAGUUAGUUUAUUGGAAGAAAAAAGAAAAGAACGACAAGAUGAUAAGAAAUUUAAAAAUAAGUAA